UUCUAUGAGUUUUAUAAUAACAAAGUAAGCAGAAUACGAUAGACAAGAAUGACUUACAUUACCAUACAUUACUAUACAUUAUCAUACUUAUCACCAAUGUUAUCAUUUCGUAUACACAAUCAAGUGAAAAUUUUAGUCACAAUGCAUUAUUAAACCUUUGCGGUCGGAGUCGCCCGACGAGCGCAGAAAACUUAACUCUUUAGUCUACUAUAUAUACUACCACGCGUAUGUUAUCGUUCAGAAAGAUAGACGUACGCGAGCCGCUUCAUAAUACGUCUCCGCAGCUGUAAACUCAAUUGGGCGGCUAUAUGCCGACACGCGUCCGCAAGGGUAAAAAGGCUUGGGCGGUUAUUUGCCGAUACUCGAACGCAAAGGGUUAAUCUAUCGUUCAGAUUAUAAUAUUCCAGAUAUUAUUUUAAAUGCAAUCUAUGAAAUUUUAUCUCUACAAAAAAAUGAUGUGUCAUUUUAUUUGUAACAUUGAUUGAUGUAUUUCAGAAAUAGUGCAAUUUAUCUUUACAAUUAGCAAUUGGCUAGCUACUUCUUACAUGAAUCAAAGUUAUAUAAGUCAAAUAAGUUGGAUAUAAUAAGUAUUAAACGCAGAAGCAGUGACUAUCAAAUCAACAUGAAGCUACUAUCGAUUCUUUUCGCGAUUCUGAUCUGCGAUCAAGUUGUUGAUGGUUAUCGCAUUCUCGGAAUAUUUCCGUAUAACGGUAAAAGUCACUGGAUUAUGCAAGAAGAAUUGAUGAAAGGCUUAGCGAAACGUGGCCACCAAGUUGACGUAGUCACACAUUUUCCGCAAAAGAAGCCGAUACCCAAUUAUACGGAUAUCAGUUUGGCGGGUAGUAUGCCGCCUGUUAUGAACAAUCUCACCGCAACGGCAUUCAAAGACAUAGCAGUCAGCAUGAUGUUGAUUCGAUCAUUUGCUUAUACAGUAGGGAUAAAAGUUUGUCAACUGAUGGAUCACCCGAAGAUACAAGAACUGAUCAAGAACCCGCCGCAGAAUCCUCCUUAUGACAUAGUUAUUACGGAGUCGUUUAUGACACCGUGCUACCUGGCCUUUGGCCGUCAUCUCAAUGUUCCAAUAGUCGCUACGGUGGCUAGCGUUUUUCACGAUUGGCUCAACGAGGUGUCCGGCAAUCCACUUAAUCUCGCUUACAUUCCAAGCUUGUUCUCGACAUACACCCAACGCAUGAGUUUCACGCAACGAGUGGCAAACGUUAUUUUAUCAAACUACAUCUCAGCACAAAUACACUAUCAGGCGAAUUCACAAUUGGAAUUCAUGAAAAAGCACUUUGAUAUAGAUGUAUCACACAUCAAGGACUUGUACCGUGACAUAGCUUUGUACCUGGUCAAUACUCAUCACUCGUUACACGGAAUUAGGCCAAUGACCACUAAUGUAAUCGAGGUCGGCGGUGUGCAUCUCAAGAACGACGACCCAUUGCCGCCGGAAGUGCAAAAAUGGUUGGACGAAAGCAAGAAUGGUUGUAUUUAUUUUACGUUCGGUUCCAUGGUAAGGAUUGAGACUUUUCCUAAGGAAAUAAUAGAACAAUUCUAUGCAUCUUUUGAAAAGAUCGCGCCAGUUCGUGUGCUGAUGAAGGUCGCGAAGAAAGAAGAUUUGUUGCCAGGAUUACCGAAGAAUGUCAUGACGCAAUCUUGGUUUCCGCAGAUCUCUGUUCUAAAACAUAAACACACACGUGGUUUCAUUACGCACGGCGGCGGCUUAGGAACACAAGAAUCGAUAUAUUGUGGAGUUCCUAUGAUAGGUAUUCCUCUUUUUGGCGAUCAACACAUCAAUAUUCAAAAUUACGUCAACAAGAAGGUGGCUAUCGCCUUUGAAUCAAUAUAUGAUGUUACGGAGGAGAAAUUAACUUCGGCAUUAAAUAAAAUCUUAAGGGAUCCCUCUUAUUAUGAAAAUGCACAGAGACUUUCGAAACUGUUUGUCGAUCGACCGAUGAGCGCCUUGAACACGUCCAUAUUUUGGAUAGAGUACAUCGGGAAACAUGGAAAUGUGCUUCAAUCACCAGCGAUUGAUCUCUAUUGGUGGCAAUUGAACUUACUCGACGUUUAUGCCUUUAUAGUUGCCGUGAUUAUUAUAGCACUUUGUAUCGUGCUGUUUGUUCUACGAAAAUUGAAGAAUCUUUUACUUGGAUCGCACGCAAGGAAGGACAACGCAGCGAUUAAAUUGAAGAAGAACAAGUGAAGAAACAUUGCGACACGAACUGUAUAAGUGUAUGUUAUUUUAUUUUUUUAACCUUAUUCUGCGAUUAUUCUACGAGUGAUUAAAUUGGAAUUAUUGUUAUUUAAUGAUAAUAGUGUUCUUACUAUAAUGAACAAAAUUAAAACC